AUGAUAAUAACUAAUAUUCCAUUUCUAAGCAUAACAAGAAAUUCUUUCAUUUUAUAUCUAUCUAUCUGUCUAUCUAUCUAUCAGUUUUUACCCAUAUCUAUCGAUCUAUCAAUCUAUCGAUCAGUUUAUCCAUAUCUAUCUAUCUAUCUAUCUAUCUAUCUAUCUAUCUAUCUAUCAGUUUAUCCAUAUCCUAUCCCGAUCUAUCUAUCAAUCUAUCGAUCAGUUUAUCCAUAUCUACUUAUAUCUAUUCUUCUGGUCAUAUCUAUCUAUCUAUCUAUCUAUCUAUCUAUCUAUCUAUCUAUCUAUCCGGUUUAUCCAUAUCUAUCUAUCUAUCAUCUAUCUAUCUAUAUCUAUCUAUGUCAGUCUGUUCGUUAUCUAUCUCAGUCUGUUCAUAUCUAUCUAUCUAUCUAUCUAUCUAUCUAUCUAUCUAUCUAUCUAUCUAUCUAUCUAUCUAAUACUGGCUUUAUUAAAUUCUGUUGUUCGGUUUCCUUACUACAGCACACCAUCAGUUAUAACAAUUCCUCUCUAUCCUUCCUUUCUUUCUUUCUAUCUAUCUUUCUUUCUUUACUUCUUUUGUUUCUUGACUUUGUAUCUUUUUCUUCUUUCUGUGCUUUCUUUCUUUUAUUUCUUGGGUGUCUUCGUUUCCGUUUCAUUGUUUGCUUCCUUUUCUUUCUUUCUUUUCUUUUUCUUUCUUUUCUGUCUUGCCUUGCUUUCUUUAUUUUCGAUUCUCUUUCUUUUUUUUCUUUCUUUUCUUUCUUCUUUUUUCUUCAUUUCUGCCUAAUUUUCUUUCUUUCUUUUUUUCUUUCUUUCUUUCUUUCGUUUUCUUUCUUUCGUUUUCUUUCUUUUUGUUUUUUUCUUUUUGUUUUCUUUCUUGUUUUUUUCUUCAUUUCUGCCUUAUUUUCUUUCUUUCUUUUUUCUUUCUUUCUUUCUUUCAUUUUCUUUCUUUCGCUUUCUUUCUUUCAUUUCUUUCAAGUUUUCUCCCUUUCUUUCUUUAUUUUCUUCCUUCCUGCUAUACUCUUUCCUUUUUUCCUACUUUCCUUCUCAUUUAUUCUCUCUUUUCCUUCCAGCGUAUUUUUAUGGCUGGUAAUAUUUUAUCUAUCUAUCUAUCUAUCUAUCUAUCUAUCUAUCUAUUUAUCUAUAUAUUGGUCUGGAGCAGUUAAUUUUCUGCAGUUCGCAAAUCAUUCGCGCAACAUCUUUACGUACAUAAUAAUAUACAUAUGUAUUCAUAUCUAUCUGCUUAACUCUCUCUCUCUCUCUAUCUAUCUAUCUAUCUAUCUAUCUAUCUAUCUAUCUAUCUAUCUACCUCUAUAUAUAAACAUAUAUAUUUAUUGA